AUGUUACUAUCAUUUAAAUUUAAUUAUAUAUCAUAUCAAAUAGAAAAAAUAAUUUUUUGAUUUAUUAAAUUUAUUUAUAUGGUCGCACCAAUUUAAUUAUAUAAGUAGUAGAUAAUGACUUUUUAAUUAUUCAAUAUAUAUUUAUUAUUUCAUAAUAUGCUAUAAACAUAUAAUAUAUAAAAUAAUUUAUAUGUAUAAUGUUCAUCCCGCGCAAGGUGCGGAUCUUAACCUUGUUCUAGUAUACAUUGCAAUCAAAGAAAAAAGAAUGAGGAUUAAUCAAUCUAAAUAUUUAAAUUACACGAAAAAGACAAAUCUCUUCACUUUUUUUCAAAUUGACGCUAUUUGAAACAGUUAUAUAUAUAUAUAUAUAGGAAAAUCGUAUUUUAAACCCUCAGAGUGUCACAUAGUUCGCCCUAGAGAGAAACUCUCUCGAGCCCGCAUCCCGAGGCGCCGUUUCGAUGGAUCUUCCUUGCUCUAACCACGCCACUCUUUCCUCCACUCUCUGAAACAGCCCUGCUCCUCUCCAUGGCCAUGAUGGUGACUAUUCCUCCGUCGUGUCUCCGCCCCCCUCCAGAUCCGCCGCCGCCGUCGUUCCUUGGCUUGAUGCAGCACUGCUCCUCCUCCUUGAAGAUGAUGGUGACAGCCCUUCCUCCUCUUUCACAGCCCAGGCCUCCUUCAGAUCCGGCACGGAACAAGCAUCUUCCGAUUGAAACUCCUCCGGUCAAGCCACCAGAACCUCCAGACCCACCAGACGUCUCCGUCAGCCUCGUUCUUUUCACUUCCUCCAGCUCUUCUCCACAAGCUACUCAAGUCCUAGAUCUGAUGUUUAACUAUUCAAGGGUUUCAAGUUGUAUCUUUGUCAGCUCGGGAAUGGGUCUUCUCCCGGCUCUUAUUCCAGCUUUCAUUUUAUCCAUCCGCUUAUAGACGUCCAGGUCCACCUUAGCUCCUUACUCUCUGUUUACUCCUAUUCUUUUGAAAAGGAUGCAAUGCUAGAUAUGUAGGUGACUCUGGAGUUGUGGUUUUUGGCUUUAUUUGGUAGUGUACUGAUGGACUCAGUGUCCUUUGGUUAUAUCUUUGUGCCUUUUAGUGGUUUUUAUGUUGCGUUGAUGCAACUCUCUACUGCAGUAUGCAGUCCUAUUAUUGUAUUCAACUUGGUUUGUGGUGCAGCGUCUGUGUGUUUCUCUUCUUGGUGGCAGUUGAAAGAGACAAUCAUUGUGAUUUGUUGCUUGGUGAAUAUGGUAAUGGUGGGUAUUGAUUAUCCGCUUGCCUCCUGUUUGGAGCAGUCUCUUUUCCCAAUAUUUCCUCAUGUAUGGAGUGAAUUAGAUGAACAUGUGUGGCUGGUAUUGUAAGGAUUCUCCUCCCGGCUAACGCUCUUCCCUUCCUUUAGUGCAGUGGUUGUGACUCUCAGAGUUACCCGAGAUGCAAUCGUUCAAGAUACUCAUGAAACCGUUGUGAUGCGAUUUCUAAUGUUUACUUGUUAUGAUUUGUAUUUUCAUUCUAUCUUAGGUUUAUCUGUUUCGUAUUCCAUUGGGCUCUUUGUAGCUUUGUUGUACUCUCCCUUAAUGGAGCUUAAACUCUUCUGAAUUUAAUACAAGUUGGUUUGAUAAAAAAAAAUCCUGAAAGUGUCACAUUCUCGUAUUUUAAACACUGAACGUUUUUAACUUGCACUUUAAACUUUGAAAGUGAUAUUUUUAUCAUAACAAACCUUACCAAGUCAACUAGUUGAUCUGUACUGUUCAUUUUGUGAUGACGUGUCGGUUUCUUUUUUUUCUUUUUUCUUAAAAAAUAAAUAAAUAAAAUACAUAGAAAAUUCAAAAAAAUUGAUUUUUUUGAAAAAUUCAAAAAAUAUAAAAAUAACAUUUCAGAAUUAAAAAUAAAAUAAAAUAUUUUUUAAAAAAUUAAUCCAAUUAUACACCAAUAAAUAUAUAUAUAUAUAUAUAAUAACUUGAAUGGUGAUACUAGAUUCUUUUUUUUUUUUGGUUUUUGAUUUUUUUUUUAAUUUUUGAUUUAUUAAUACUUAACUUAUUAAAUUUUGUGAAACUAGAAAUUAUCUCAUAGACCACUUAAAAUGUUUUUGACCUUAACUAAAAUACUAUAAGUUAGUUUGAAAUAUAAUUAAGAGAUAGAGAGCUAUGCCUUUAGAUUUGUAUAUGUUAGGUUUUGGUAUGAGUGGAGCUUCUUAGAUAAGUAACAUAUAUUUUAGUUUCUCUAAAGUUUGAUUAAUUAUUUAUUUAAUUUCAAAGUUAUUUACUAUUUUAAGAACUUCACUUAUAAGUUAAUUUCUUUUUAAACAAACUUAAAAUUACUAAAAUAAAUAUCACUUUAAUAAAUAAUACAAAUAAUAGGAUUAAUUUUGAAAAUUUAACAAGUUAAGUAUUAAUAAAU